CCGCCCGGGGCUGAGAACCAUCUUGUUUUCCGCGCAGAUCCGGAGGGGCAGCACGCGCCCAGGCAGCACCGUCUGUUUGUUUCGCGGCCGCCGCAGGCUCGGUGAGUCGUUUUUGCCCUCCGGCCGGCAGGCUGGGCGCGCAGGGGUGCCGGCCCCCGCCGGGCGCGCAGCGGCACCAUGGGCACGGUGCUGUCCCUGUCCCCCAGCUACCGGAAGGCCACGCUGUUUGAGGAUGGCGCGGCCACGGUGGGCCACUAUACGGCGGUGCAGAACAGCAAGAACGCCAAGGACAAGAACCUGAAGCGGCACUCCAUCAUCUCGGUGCUGCCUUGGAAGAGGAUCGUGGCCGUGUCGGCCAAGAAGAAGAACUCCAAGAAGGUGCAGCCCAACAGCAGCUACCAGAACAACAUCACGCACCUCAACAAUGAGAACCUGAAGAAGUCUCUGUCGUGCGCCAACCUGUCCACAUUCGCCCAGCCCCCACCGGCCCAGCCGCCCGCACCCCCAGCGGGCCAGCUCACCGGCUCUGUCAAGAAGGCCCCGCCCCCUGCCAUCACCUCUGCAGGGACACCUAAACGGGUCAUCGUCCAGGCGUCCACCAGCGAGCUGCUGCGCUGCCUGGGCGAGUUUCUCUGCCGUCGGUGCUACCGCCUGAAGCACUUGUCCCCCACGGACCCAGUGCUCUGGCUGCGCAGCGUGGACCGCUCGCUGCUUCUGCAGGGCUGGCAGGACCAGGGCUUCAUCACACCGGCCAAUGUGGUCUUCCUCUACAUGCUCUGCAGGGAUGUUAUCUCCUCCGAGGUGGGCUCGGACCACGAGCUCCAGGCUGUCCUGCUGACCUGCCUGUACCUCUCCUAUUCCUACAUGGGCAAUGAGAUCUCCUACCCGCUCAAGCCCUUCCUGGUGGAGAGCUGCAAGGAGGCCUUUUGGGACCGUUGCCUCUCAGUUAUCAACCUCAUGAGCUCCAAGAUGCUGCAGAUCAAUGCUGACCCACACUACUUCACACAGGUGUUCUCUGACUUGAAGAAUGAGAGCGGCCAGGAGGACAAGAAGCGACUCCUUCUAGGGCUGGAUCGGUGAGCCCUGUAGUCCAUGUCGUGGCUAAAGGAUUCCAUUCAUUUUUAAAAAUUUAUUACUAAACAAACCAAGUUUUGUGUACAGUGUCUAGCAAAGCCACCGAGGGCCUCUUCCCAUGUUCUCUCCUGGGUUUUUUUUUUCAGCCCUGCCAAGAACUCUAGGGACUUUCAAACUCGUGAACCUUAUAAGAACCCAGAUAUAUUCAGAGCCACUCAGGCUGCUUCCCACUCACUUGGGGGACUUUUGGGGACUCACCUGCCCCUGCCACCUGUGCCCAUGCUGGAUCUUGGGUGGAUAAGGCUUCCCAUUGUUUCCUGAUGGAAGCUGAAGGGGGCGGGUGUCUCUAGCUGCUUGGGCCCGGGGAGGAAUUGGGAUUUCUGGUUUGCAGUCAGGCCUUUUUCUGGCAGCUGUUUGGGUGUUUUGUUCUCCUUGGGGCUCCUGGAGCCAGCUGUCCUGACCGAGGCUUCCAGGGGGUUGUGAGGCAAGAUCUCCACUGCCCAGGGGCAUCAGUCCAGGAGUGGGGAAGUGGGUCUUGUGCAAAGAUUGUCAAUGCCUGUUGACCAUGCACGGCCCUGGUUUGCUGUUUUCUUUUCUGGGGAGGGCUUUCCUUUACUGGAAAAAUGGAACCCCCCUGCCCUUUGUCCACACUCCCAGCUCACACCAGUUUGUUAAUGAGUUGGUUUGCUCAUUAGGUUCACUCAUUUUGGGUCCCAGCUAAUGCGGUGAGGUGAAGCUAGGGACAGCUCCUUUCCUGAGUGAAUUUUUCAUUUGAAUAAUGCAGCUUAGUCACCCUGUGGUGAAAGCCAGGACUACGGCAGGCAGGUGCCCAUUAGCAGCAGUCUGCCUUCUGGGCAAGUGGGUAUAUCCACCUCAGUGCUAAGGCCUCUUGCACAUAUUUGUCCUGCAGAGCUGGGGGAAGGUGAGAUCAGCCAAUAGGGGUGAUGUGGUAAUGGGAAACACCCCCAUCCCCCACUCCGUGUUAAUUUAAAUCUAUUUCCAAGCAGUUGGGUUUCUCCUGGAGAGGAAGCUUUGCUCUGCUCUGCUUAGGGAGACAGCUGCAUCUUGGAGACAGUUGACAGUUUCUCCGAUGGCUUUGGAAGCUUGGUGACUCCAGCUGAUGGUCACUCCUGGUGACUCCAGCUGUUGGGUGUGGCGCCCACCUAUCCCUAGUGACUGUAGAGCACACACUGUGGAUUUUACUGAUUUUUCUUUCUAAUUCUCCCAGACUGGUGGCUUGGGGUUUGGAAGAGGGCCAAGAGAAGGGAUCGAGUCUUCCUGCACGGCCUUCUUGCUUUGGGGAACAAUGAGCAAUGGGAAGACGCUACCUAGGAUUUUCUCUUCCUGCCCUGGUCCCCAGGGAAUGCUGGAAUUGGGGCUAGACAGGGCAAGGCAGAGGUUAUUUUACAUAGGAUUAGGUUCUAGGUGGUGGCCAACUUCUGCACAAGCACUACUGAAAAUCACAUAAAGAGAAAGCUGUGAAAUUGAGGUCUUCAUUAAAGAGGACUGGAGCAGAGCCUUUCAGCCAAGGUGUUCUAGAGGUGGAGAAGGACCUGCGGGGACUGGAGAGCCUCUCCCUAGUCACUCCUCCAGGCUGCUCGUGAUCUCAUGGGAGCUAGAAGGUCUGGGAAGGCUUGCCAGGCACGGGCUGCUUCAGCUUGGCCUGUCUUCAGAUCCUACUGCCACGUGUGACCUGAGCCCCGUGGGGCAGUUGGCUCCCUCGAUGGCCUGGAAGAGGAGCUUCAGGCGCUGAGUCUCAGGAGGAGGGUGUGUGUUGUAGCCCUUACAGCGGGGCCGAGGCUGGCCUGGAGCUGAGGCUGGUGGGGAGCUGGGCCAUGAAGUUACAUUCACAGGAUUCCAGUUUUGUCUGUCUCCUUCUCUUUGUAAUUUUAUUUUAUUUUUAUUUUUUGGAGGAGGUGCAUAUUUCAGGCGUGGUUGGGGACUAAGGAAACAACUCUAGUUCCAUUGUGAAGCCUGUGUUCUCCGCUCUUCCCUUGCACUGGUCAUCAGUAUUGUAUAAAGGAACAACUGAUAUACUUGAGUGUGCAAGCAGUGGACCCAUUUGACAUGCUGCUAUGAAGACUACUUUUAGAACAACAAAAACAGAAAAAUAGAAAAGGAAAAAAAAAGUAAAAAAAAAAAAAAACCUACAAAAAUCCCUUUUAUUCUUUAAUUGUUGCUUUUACAGCGAUACUGUGCAUGCAAACCAGGAGCAUUUUGUGUCUUAAGAAAAAUAAUCUUAGAACAGAUGGCUGUGAAAUUAUACCCACGCAGAGAACACGCUGCAGGAAUAAUAGUUCAGGAUCUGGGUUUUCUCUUUUUCUUAAAGACCUGAAGGGUUGAUAUAUUCUUUCCAUACAGUUAUUAGAAUUUAGUUUUGUUCCAACAGUUGUUAAACUUGCAAUGAAAGAAAAUGUGCCAUUUCCUCCCUCCCCCAGAAUUAUUCAUAGCUGUAUAUCUGAAACUGCUAAUUAUACAUGUGUGAUGUAUGUUGGUUUUUUAGUGAAAUUUCUUCUGUAGUUAUUCUUGACCAAACUGUGGAUAUUGUUAAUAUUAAUUUAUAUUUGUCUCAUUUUGUAUGUAUGUGUAGUGUGUUUGUAUGUGUGGUUUAUAAUCUGACAAAGUCAUGAAGCUCUGUUUGGCUGUAAUUUAAUUCUCCUUCCCGUAUUUUUAUUUAUUUUUGUACUGUGCUGAUUCAAUAAAAUGCACUGACCAUCCAUU